AUGUUGACGGUGACGAUGAAGACGGCGACGAUGCAGACGACGCGAGCGGUGGUGAAACGUGACACCACUCGUGCUCGCGGUGUCGCGCGAGUGACGAAACGAGGGCGCGACGGCGUGCGCGCGCGGGCGACGCAAGACGGUAAGAACGGGCCGAAGAAGCUCACGAGGGAGAAUGAAAAGGAGGCGUGGUUGAGCGAGAUGGAGCGCGAGGGGGCGAAUCCGUUGAAGGAUCCCAUGGCGUUGAUUGGGAUCGGUGGAAUCAUGGUGCCGUUUAUCAUCUUGGCCAUCGCCUCCGCGGCGGGUUUCAUCGGGCAGUGA